CCCUACCCUCGCGCUCGGAGGCUCACGCGUCCAAUAAUCGCCGCACACGGUUGGUUUGCCCGAGGGCGACGGCGACGCGGGUGGAUUGAGGCGCGACCAAAAAUCUAGCGCGCGCGGGCGGGCGUCGUUGCGGUGGCAUUGCGUCUCGGCCUCCUUGCGUGCGUACGUUCGUGCGUACGCCGGGGACCGGAGCCGAUCCCGGCCCGCCUUCGCGCGCCAUGGCCGAGAUUUGCUGCGAGGAGACCAAGUCGACCCCGCCGGCGUCGGCUUCGGCCAUCACGGCGCUUGCCAGGGGUCGCCCCAGGGUGGAAAUGGCCGUGGCCGAGGCAGCAUGCCGCUCCAGCUCCAGCUCCACGCCGGCCGCGGACGAAGGUGCCGGUGGCGGUGGCGGUGCCAGUGCCACGCGGUGCGGCAAGCGGCGGAGGGUGGCGUGCGCGGCGCCCGUGCGCUCGUGCCAGAGGUCCCGGACGACGUCGGGGUUCGGCUCCACUUGGUGGUGGCCGAGGUACGGCGUCACCUCGGUCUGUGGCCUCCGUCGCGAGAUGGAGGAUGCCGUGUCCAUCAGGCCGGACUUCCUGCGCGGCGCCGCUGACCCUUCCUCCGGCAAGCACCAUUUCUACGGCGUCUUUGACGGCCACGGUUGCUGCCAUGUGGCCAGGAUGUGCCAGGACAGGAUGCACGCGCUGGUCGCGGACGAGUACAAGAAGGCGGGCUCCGGCAACAGUGCCACGGCAGCAGCGGCGGAGCCGGCCUGGGAAGAGGUGAUGAAGAAGGUGUUCGCGCGGAUGGACGGUGAAGCCGCGACCCGGGCCGCGAGCCGCAGCAGCAACGGCAGCAUCGCCUGCCGCUGCGAGCUGCAGAAGCCCACGCGGUGCGACCACGCGGGCUCAACCGCCGUCGUCGCGGUUGUCAGCCCCACCAGCGUAGUCGUCGCCAACGCCGGCGACUCCCGCGCCGUCCUUUCUCGCGCCGGCGUCCCCGUGCCCCUGUCGGUCGACCACAAACCUGACCGGCAAGACGAGCUAGAGCGCAUCCAGGAGGCGGGUGGCCGCGUCAUCUACUGGGACGGCGCAAGAGUGCUGGGCGUCCUUGCCAUGUCUCGAGCCAUCGGUGACGGCUACCUGAAGCCGUUCGUGACGGCGGAGCCGGAGGUGGCGGUGACGGAGCGCACGGACGACGACGAGUGCCUGAUCCUGGCGAGCGACGGGCUGUGGGACGUGGUGACCAACGAGAUGGCGUGCGACGUCGUCCGGGCCUGCUUCCGUAGCAACGGCCCGCCGUCGCCGCCUGCCGCGCGGCCGAACGGCGUGCUCCCGCCGCCCGCUGCCGGGGCAGGGCGGGAAGGCGACGACGGUGCGGCCAGCCCGGUGAAGGGCGUGGACAAGGCCGACUCCGACAGGGCGUGCUCCGAGGCGGCCCUGCUGCUUGCGAAGCUCGCGCUCGCGCGCCGCAGCACGGAUAACGUUAGCGUCGUCGUCGUCGACCUCCGGCGGAGGUGCUGAACUAGUGAUGCUAAGGGGGCACGAUUACAUUUUACACCCACCGAGGCACCGACCCAUCGAUGUUUCGUCUCUUGUUUUCUUAUGCUAUUGAUUGAAUGUGCCGAUUAAUAAAUAGUCUAAUUCUCUAAUCUGCGCAGAUCUUUAUUGUAGAUAGAUACUAUGAGUCUCAGUAUGAUUAGCGGAUCGCGAGUUCCAGAGUU